CGAUAACACAGCAUUGCAAGCUGUCUGUAGACAGAGUAAUUCAACUCAUGAAGCUGCCAUGUCAGCUGCGAAUCUAGCACGCCAUCUCGAGAUCCAUGGCCUCGAGCUCAUUAGCGACCCACACAAGCACCGCAAGGUCGUGGCUCAACGUUCUCUCAAACAAGGUUCUGCCGUUAUCACAUCCCGUCCGCUGGGCAACCCUGUUACCUUUCCAACACAUCGAUCCCAGCACUGCGAGACUUGUUUGAGAACCAGGAACGGACCAGCUGUCAGAUCCUCUCCAGCUCCGAAAUCAGUAGUAGAUCUCGAGCGAUGCUCAGUCUGCAAGAAGCGAUACUACUGCGACAAGGACUGUUUCACGAUUGCGUGGAAGGGCUGGCAUCGGUGGAUCUGUGCAGACAAGGAUAUGGAGGAUCUGGACUAUGAGAUGUUGAAGAUGGUCGUGAUAGUGAUCGAGCGACUUCGCAACGGUGCCUACAAGGAAUCUGAGGAUGCAGAUACGCUUCCGGCAGUGGGACGUGGAUCAGGAGACGGACCAGAAUCCAUGGAUUUAACGGCGUAUGUGUUUUCGACGUUGGUGGGACAUGAGACCGUUUCGGACCCGGCGCUGCUGACGAAAUACAAGGAGAUCGCGACGCGGGUCCGGGAGCAGUUGAUACAGUCCAAGUUUGCGUUCAAGAGUAUGGAGAGUGCGGGUGAACCGCCGUCGGUGACGGAGUUAAUACAGUAUCUGUGUCGGUUCCACUGCAACAACUUUUCAAUCCAUGACACGCAGCUGUUUACGAUGGCCGAGGGAACGUUUCCGAUCGGGGCGCUGUUCAACCAUUCGUGUCGGCCGAAUGCGAUCGUGAUGUAUGAAGGAAAGGUUCAGGUGGUGAAAGCACUCGAGGAUAUUGAACUGGGACAGGAGGUUUGCACUUCGUAUGUCGAUAAUGGAGUUCAACGGACGGAGCGGAGGCAGCUCUUAAGGGAGAAGUAUUAUUUCGACUGUCUCUGUCCACGCUGCGGCGACGGAUCAGAAAUACCGGAGUCUAAGGAUGAUGCCAGCAGCACGAGGAAGACAGGAUUCAGGAUUUUGGAUGAUUUGAUUGAGGGUGAUCAGGACGGCAAGGAUGGCAAGAAGGUUGACGGCGAAUGGCUCACAAAGCAGUUCGAGACCAUCAUCCUACCUGGCGCUCGUUCACUACAGCUCGCAGGACCUUCGCUUCAACCGCCAUCGACAUUUACGCGAUCGUCCUUCACGAGCUAUAUCAUCCACUCACUCGUGCCACUGAUCCAAACGGCCGUCUCUCAUCAGGAAUACACUAAACGGCUAUUCGAAGUCUACCAAGCCUUGCAAAGUACCCCGCACUGCACCCCAAAGCCGUUCACGACAAUAGUGAUGACCAACGCCACAUCGUUCUUCAACACAUGCCUCGAACAUCAGUCCUGGGCGUUGGCAUCCAAGAUUGGGACAUUUAUCCUGGCACUGUACUUGAUGAUCUACCCGCGGCACCACCCGCUUGUGGGACUGCAUUGCUUCACGCUGGCAAAGAGUCUUUGGAACGAUGUGGAAGGUGGGAUGACCUCUGUAAGACUGUCUCAUGAGAUCUUGAAGCUGGCGAGGAACAUUUUGAGAGUCUCCCAUGGCACCACCGGUGAAAAUGGUGCGCUGGUGAAGGAAGUCGAAGCAUUUAUGAAAACUGUUGAGACGGAACUCAGUUCAUGAUCUUCGAACGACAUAGAAAAUAAAUAAUUCAACAAGGCAAAAACAAAG